CCCCAACUAUCCCUUCGCGGCAACGAAAGAUGCGAGCAGCAGCAGGCGGCCGCGCCUUCCAGCUCCACCUCCUCUGCCCGCGCCGGCCAUGGAGACCUCCUUCUUCUCCCAGCACCGCAACCGCACCUCUCUCCCACUCUACUCGCGCGGGGUGCCUCCACCGACGUCACCCCUCCAGAGGUUUUUUGCCAACUCUGGAGCCAGGAGUUCCUACAAUCUACAUGUGCCGCCGGGUCCAUACUGCAACAUCUAGUGUUUCCUUAGAUGACAGAUCACAAGCAGGAUUAACAGAUGGUUCAAAUGGAGAUAUUGUGCACAAGAGUGAGAUGGUUGGUGCAUUUCAAAAAAUUCCGAUGGUGAUGCCUGCAACUGAUAUACUUAUGUCAGCACAAAGGAAAUCAAGAAAUGUACCACCCACAAAGGGUAUAACAAACAUUGCCAAGCGUGAACGGAACAAAGGAGCAAAACAACUUGACGCCUUAAUGAAAGAACUUUCUGUGCCACUGAGAACGUACACGGAGAACUUUCCUAGGAGGAGAGAUUUGCAUCCUUAUGAGAGAUCUCUAAUUGAGUUGACUUUUGGGGAGGGAUAUUAUGAAAAGGUACUUGGACGAGUGGAUGCUCUCAGAAAAAAGAUAAAUUCUGUUGGGAAGCAACAUGCUUCUGUCUGCGCUAAGUCAUUGACGAAGCGUGAAGCAGAGGAGCGACUCUGUGAGGGCCGGAAGGAACUUGAGGAAGUUUUCCAGCGUGGUCAGCAUGCAAUUGAAGAUUUAAUAAAUGUUGCAAAGGCUUUGCGUUCUAUGCCAGUUGUUGAUCCACAUAUACCAACGCUUUGUCUUGUUGGAUCACCCAAUGUGGGGAAAUCAUCAUUAGUUCGCAUAUUAUCAACUGGAAAACCCGAGGUCUGCAGCUACCCUUUCACAACAAGAGGCAUUCUGAUGGGUCAUAUUGUAUCCAAUCAUGAACGUUUUCAGGUUACUGACACUCCAGGACUUCUUACGAGACAUGAUGAUGACAGGAAUAACAUCGAGAAAUUGACACUCGCUGUCCUUUCUUACUUACCAAUUGCUGUCCUGUACGUUCACGAUCUAUCUGAAGACUGUGGGACUAAGGUGGCUGAUCAGUACAUCACAUACAAGCAUAUAAAGGAACGAUUCGGUGAUCGCCUCUGGAUCAACGUCAUAUCCAAAUGCGAUCUUCUGGACAAGGCCGUACCCUCCAGCUUUGACAAUGAUGACGACGAAGUAAGGAGAUACAGAAUGUUUGGACCAGAAGACGCCAUCCGAGUAUCUGUGCAGAGCCAAGUUGGCACAGAAGAGCUAAAGGAAAGAGUGCAUCAUCUGCUAACCUCUCAGAUGGCUCGGAUCAAAGAUGGCAAGAGCGAGGAUGAACUUCAGGGAACAGAUAGCACUGUUCGUCGGUUGACUUAGAGGCACAAUCGCCAUUUUGAGUGUUCAUGUAAGAAAACCUGCACUCGAUGCUAACGGUUGAUAUCUCUAACCGACCGCAAUUGUGUAAACGGAGAGCAAAGGGUUGGUAAGGUUUGACAUCGCUUCUGCAAUUUUGUAACAGGGGUACAAGUGCUGGUUUGGCAUCGGUUACACAUAAAGCUCUGGAUUACCUUAAGUAUUUUUUAUAGAGAAAAAUCACUGCUCGCAUAUGAAAAGUCUAUUUUUACCUGCA